GGCUGGUGUAUUCUUUCAAUCGGAUCACCACGAGAGCUUGUUGUUACCUACUCUGUUUUCUAGUGUUCAUGUAUGUGUGUGAACAAUCUCGCUGCAGCACUCUGCACCGAUACUAAUAUCUGCCAGAUAUCAAGAACUAUAACCAGCCAAGGGAAGCUACUUGGAGUUUGGUGUUAGUGAUUGUUGGAGCUACUACGGGAUUUUGAAAGGUGAAGGAGGAAGAGAAAAGAGUGAGGCGCGCAAGGUAUCAGUACGAGAGCAGGAGACGUGUCAGAGAAGGAUCUGGUCAAUGGUCAGAGAUGAGUUACCGAAGAGAAGAGCCGUGGGGGAGAAGAGACAAGUACCGAGGUUACGAGAGCGGAGGACGGGAUAGUGGGAGUGAAGGAAGAAGGGAUAGAAGGAGGGAUGAACGACGCGACAGGAGAUAUGAAGAACGGCGAGGAGGGUCUUCUGACGACUAUGGGAGGAGAAGUUACAUCGAUGGUGGGAAUACAAGACAAGUCAAGUGUUACGAGUGCGGGGAACCUGGUCACUAUAAAAGCCAAUGUCCACGUUUACACCGCCAAGGAGGAGAGAUCGUAACGAUGAGUAGAGAGCUGGAAGACUCGUUGGCUUCCGUUGGACGAAUGGCAAGACAGUUGCUGGAUCAACAAAGGGAAACUGAGGAAGCACGAAGAGAAGCGGAAGAAAAGAAGAAACGCGAAGAAGAUGAGAGGAUUGCGAAAGAGGAGGCGGUGAGGAUUGAAAUGGAGAAAAAACAAGCGAAGGAAGAGAAGGAGCAAAAGAGACAAUGGGCGACAAAGAAGAUCCUUGCAGAACAGAGAGAAGAGUACGAAGAGAAGCUGGCCAAGAUUGUGCGCUCAGGGUUGAAAGGAGUAACGAUUGGAGGUAAGAAGAAGAAGAAAGAGGCGGUACAAGCGCCAUCGUUGGGAUCCGAGGAGGAUAACGAAGGAGAAGAGGAAGCUACACCUCUGAAGGAUAAGAGGAAACGGCGAGAGUCAACGGGAGCGGCCGUGAACAGUCCGCCGGUGGAAGGUACACCGAAACAAGAAAAGCUUGAAAAUGUCGGAACACCAGGGAGCGCCAGAGCAAAGAAGGGGAGAGGAAGACCAUCGAGAGCCGACACCCAAGCGGCGAGAAUGGAGAAGGGCCAAGACCCAUGGGAAGGAGUUCCAAUGGGUGACAAGUAUGCAACCGAAGCAGCAUUUCGGAAGGCAGUCAGGAAGACUCUGGGGUCCUUUUACCCAGAUACGCUGAAGAUUAUGUGUAUGGGUGCAGGGUUGCCUUUUUAUGGCGUGAAUGAUGCAGUCGAUGUUCUGACAGAACUACGGGUGACUUACUGUUACAGGAGGAAGGUCGCAGGUUCCACUUCAGGUAAGGGGACGAAUGAUGAGCAGAUGAGGGGAUAGAUCCAGGAUCCCCAGGUUGAGUCAGACGUGUUACUCAGAUUCAUGGAAGUUUCUGUUGGAAUUCUUUAAG